CUUAAUUUGCUCUACAGACUGGGUCAAGUAGAUUAGUUUUACAAUAACUUGAUAUCAACAGUAACAAAAUAAAACAAUUUGAUUAGUUUAAGAUUAAUGGAUUCAGGUAUGAUGAGGGGAGUGAAAAAUAAUGGAGGUAUUUGUGCAGGAGCUAUUAACUUUUUUGGCAGUUGAAUUUUCCUUACAAUCUAUAUAUCAAGUUGUUACAAAAUUGCACGAUGCUCUGAAGAAUGGAAAGGAAAUUGUUAUUAAGAAGCACUCAGAUCUAAACGUUGUUCAUCACAGUCAAAAUUUUCUAAUUCUGAACAAAGGCUAUGAUGUUCUUAUAAAUAGUAAUGAGCCUGGGGUUAAGACUUUACACCAUGAUCUCUGCCACUCAUACCCGAGUUUAGUAAAUCCCAAACUGCAGCAUGGAUUCUACUUUACUCAUAGAUUGGAUUUUGCCACUAGUGGUGCGAUUUGUAUCGCUUUGCAUAAGAAAGCCUGUUCAGCAGCGUCAUCUGCCUUUCAAAAUAGGACUUCAAGAAAGUAUUAUUUAGCUCUACUGAGGGGUCAUGUAGCAAAGGAAAUUAUGGAAAUCAGCAAGGCCAUAGGAGAGGAUGCCCGUGAGGUAAAUGGGAGUCAUCGUAUGUGUACGACUGAUGAGAUCAGCUGUCUUUAUCCUCGAACUGCUCACACCUUACUGCUGGUCCUACAGCGAGGUCUAUUUGAUGGUUACCCGGCUACUAAGGUGCUUCUACAGCCAAUCACCGGCCGGCGACACCAGUUAAGAGUGCACUGUUCACACAUCGGCCACACUAUUAUCGGGGACUACACCUACAGCAGGGGCAAAGAUGUUCUACCUUACAGGACAUUUCUACAUGCUUUUAGGUUGAUUCUACCCAACCCGGUGGAGCCAAUAGACGUAGUGACACCAGAUCCCUUCACUACAGGGUGUCUCAACACCUGGGUGCCAGUGGAGACUAUCAACGAGUUGAACAAUCAUGUGUUCGACAAGCUUUGUGUCAACGGCCAAAAUAAUUACUGAACCAGCUUAUGAGUUGUGAUAAUUUCUAGUCAUCUACUAAGAAAUAAGGAGCUUACAUUUUGUACUUAUUUUUUAUGUAGGCCUAUAGGUUUUUUAGUGUAUUGGCAAUUAAUUUAACUAAUUACUAACAUGAUAUUACCUAGGUUUGAGACAUAAGAUGCAUUUUUUACGUGUAAGUUUUAAUCUGCUUGAAAGUGUCUUGUCAAAAAGUCAAUUACAAACUUAAUUUUUAUCUUUGGAGAAAAUUGAAACAAGGAGAAAAAAUCAAUAUGCAAGAUUUAAAUUGAUUGUAUAUUGAAUAAAGGGGUAUAAAUAAGUUUUUCGCAUCAAACAUUUUACGGUAUGAAGUUUGUAGAAAUUGGUUUACACCCCAUAACUUCACUUAAUCCAUAACACUUACAACAAAUGAAUAUAUAUGUUUGGUUGUGUCUUUUUUUUGUUGUCUGAUAAAAUCCUACCUAAUAAACUUUUUUUAAAUCAGUUUAUUUCUAAACAAUCUCCCUUUGUGUAGGACUGUUGUUUGUUAAAAAGAUAUUUAAUAAAGCUGAGUUAAUAUAUUGUUAUACCAGGGGUUCUUUUACAGGAAUUUUUUUAAAUGUAUAAACUGAUUAAAGACUUGCUUAUCUUUUAAA